CUGAGAGUUCGACUGUUUGCAGCCAAUAUGUUGGUCUCUUCCCUUCUCGGUCUGUCUCUGGCCGUUGUCGCGCAGAGCAAGUACAUUGUUCCUGGGGCGCGAUGGCGCGAUACAGAUGGCGAAUUGGUCAAUGCGCAUGCGGGCGGCGUUGUUUUCGACGACAAAACGGAGAAGUUCUGGUGGUUUGGAGAGUAUAAGAUUGAGGGACAAGAGGAGGGUGGUGGAGUGUCGGUUUAUAGUUCGGACGAUUUGGCGACGUGGAAGGCUCACGGACUUGCUUUGGAACCCAUCGAAGGACAUGAUUACAUCUCCAAGGAGCACAUCAUCCAGCGACCCAAGGUGGUCUACAGCGAGGAGGCAGACCAGUACCAUAUGUGGUGGCACGCCGACAAUUCCUCCUACGGCUGGCUUCUGCAAGGCCUCGCGACAUCGAACAACGUCUCCGGCCCCUACAGCUUCGUCGACGCGACCGCACCGCUCGGGAACUGGUCGCAGGACUUCGGGAUGUUCACCGACUACAAAGACCACAAGACUUAUGCGCUGUACUCGAACGGCGAUCGCAAGGAAGGACGCGAUGUGUAUCUUACCCGGUAUAAUGACAACAUCACGGCCCUGGACGAGGUGGUGCAUCGGUUUGACAAGUACGAUCUGGAGGCGCCGACGAUCAUUCAGACGGAUCGGAGUUAUUGGGCGCUCAUGAGUCAUAAGACGGGGUACCGGCCUAAUAAUGUCGUUGGUUUCAGAGCGGAUUUGUUGAGUGGACCCUGGUCGCAGCCCUUUAUCGUGACGCCGUUGAACACGCGCUCGUUCAACUCGCAGUCUGGAAACUCCUUGAGGAUCAAGGGCUCCAAGAAGACCACUUACUUGUAUCUCGGUGAUCAGUGGGACUCGAACUCCCUCUGGGAGAGCAGAUACAUCUGGCUUCCGGUCGAGAUUGACGAGAAGAAGAACAGCCUCGAAGUAGUAUGGCACGAUGUUUACGAUCUCAACGUAAAAACGGGCGAAUGGAAACCUAUCAAAGGAAAGACGUAUUCCGCAAAGAAAGCCAAGACCAACGGGGAUGCCUUCAAACAGGAAGCUAACUUCGCCACCGAUGGUGUAAUCCUCACCGGAAUCUACGGCAACGACAGCACUGUGACCUUCGAAGGCAUUGAAGGAACCGGCAAGCCCCAAUGGGUCUCAUUCUACUACCAAAACACCGACGACAUGGGUUUCGGCGACCAACCGGGAGGAAGCCCCGACCGCAUCGGAGGCUCGUGGCAACUCCGCCGGAUCAGCAGCGUCGUAGUGAACGGAAAGACCGAGAACGUGGAGACGCUAUACCAGCGCGAUACGCACAAGGGAAUCAUUCUCUCCACUCCGCUGCAGCUGACGCUGCAAAAGGGAAAGAAGAACACGAUCACCGUGGGGGGCCUGUAUAACGGAUUCGACUAUAAGGGGGCGGAUCUGGAUCGGAUUGUGGUGUAUCCACCUGAGUAGGGUAGAUCGGUGAAGGAAAUGGACUGAAAGAACGUCAUGUCAAGUUGACAUGUCACAUUUUAUGAGCGAUAAGGUUCUUGAGGCCAUUUCGAAUACAAAGUUAAAUCUUC